AUGGCUUCCUACGAAGACAAUGUCAAGCGUAAGGCGCCCAUUCAAGGCGAUUCGUACGUCUACACACCACCUCCACGUCAAUUUGACGGCCCUGAUUCAUUUGGACAGAGUACCCUUCAAAGGAGGGUAUUUGCCGCCGAAGUUCCGUACUCAGCAUACUCCUUCGUGGUUGCAUCGAACCUACCAGACAUGCUGCCAGAAGAUAUCAACUACCUCGAACUCAAGGGAUGUCUACGGAUCCCUGCGCGGAAGCAUCUUGACGAAUUCGUCAAGCAGUACUUUCGAUACGUCCACCCUUUCCUGCCCCUCAUCAACGAGGCCGUCUUUUGGAAGAUGUACUCCGGAUCCAGCCAAGGAUUGAGCCCCAAGAUGCCACUGCUGGUUCUCCAGUCCAUGAUAUUCGCGGCCAGCGCCCACGUUUCCUCCGAGACCCUCGAGAGCCUGGGCUUCUCGAGCAUCCGUAUCGCCCGGCGUAUCAUGUACCAGCGAGCUAAGGCCCUCUACGAUCUCGAGACCGAGUCAUCACGUCUCCACAUCGCGCAGGCAGCACUGCUCAUAUCCUACUGGUCUCCAUCGUUCGCAAAGGCAGCCAGCAGGCCAAACACCACGUGGCUCAGCAUUGCCAUCGAAAACGCAAAGUCUGUCAAGGCCCACCUGUCCGGGCUCGAGUCUGCCGUCGUAAAUGAUGAGUCCCAGGAGCAGAGGUGCUGCUCACUGAAGCGUCUCUGGGGUUGCUGCAUCGUUCGAGACAGUACCUUGUCCAUCGCGCUGAGGCGAAGCUGCCAGAUCACAGCAGCAGACCGCAACGCCGAGGUCAAGUUCGUCCUCAAGUAUGCGGAUCUUGAGGGGGAAUUGUCCCGGUCUGAAGUGUACGAUGCGCCCACCAAGAAGUAUCUUAUCAUGGCCUUCCUCCACCUAGCCGAGUUGUGCCGCAGGAUGGCGCAUGUUUCCAAGCUGCUGUUCCCAUUUGAGAAUGGCGCUCCUGAAGACACCAUUCUCGCCGCUACGACGGAUGAUAAUCAAACAAUAGGAACGUUCAAAUAUUUUUUGUCGGGGUGGUGCGACACGGCCAAGUUGUGGCUUCAGUGCCCCGAUCCGGGUGAUAAUCCCAAGCUGGUGAAUAGUGAGUUGUCGCAUUCUUCAGUCGCACUCUUUACCAACUUGAUGUACAUUUACUAUUACUCCCUGAGAAUUGCGUUGGCCAACCGCCAGCUGCUGGCUUUUGCAGAUACACAAACUCCUCAUGGCAAACUUCCUGAUACCCACACGCAUAGAGAAGAUAUCCAGGACGCACAAACUGGAAUCAGCUGGUGCAUAAAGACACUGGCUGAUCAGCAGCUCAUAAGGUUUCUCCCGGUAAGCGCAAUCGCUUGCUCCGCCUUGCCACUCGCCCUCCACAUGAUCAACGGCAAGCUCAACGGAUCGUUCCAAGACUCCAGGCUAGCCGUCCUGUUUCAGGCCAUGCGGACGUACGAGUACCUAUACGACGGCGUGGAGUGGGUUGCCGAGACCAUCAAGCUGAUCAUGGGACAAAAGCAACUGGCCCACCUGCUGGAGUCUGCACUAUCAAGAACUUCCUUGGUCAGUGAAUCUUGGGACAGCUUCCUUGCUUCGAAUCCGACGGGCUAUCUCAGAGUCGCUGUGACGAUGGACCUCAGCUUUAGUCAAGGCCGCUUACCUGAAGAGAAGGACUUCCCCGCCAGACUUCGAGAUGUCGAGGAGAAGCCAAUUCCAGCGACUUUGUUGAAAGGAAAUUUGGCAGUCACAUCUUUUCAACCAGAAUGUCCAGCCCGAGACCCUCUAGCUGCUAAAACCGCCACGCUAGAGACUACGUUGGCGAGCCCCCUUGACCUAGUCCCGGAGAGCGAUCUUACGAAGGCGCCGAAUGAGGGUGACUCUAUGGAUGAUCUACUGAACCUAGAGGGGGCGGAUGUAGUGAUGGAGCAGAGUCUCGAUUUUCCAGACAUGUGUUUGUCCACAUGUGACGAGAUGGCGCUGGAUCCCUUCUUAAUUCCUCAUGCCAAUGAAGGACUAAUGGAGAACGUGGGCGACGAGACAUUGAGUGCCGAGAUGUUGGAUAAGUCUGAUUGGUUUUGA